GAAACCGAAAACCCUAAAUUGAAUUUUGUGCAUUUGAGAAUCGAAGCAUGGAAGAUAGUUUCAGCGUUCGAGUAGGCAAAACCUUCGAUAUUCUGGCGGGUGCAUCAUCGGCGAGGGUUUCGUCUUCAUCUCUGAGCUCGCUGUGGUCGCUGACAGGUGAGGAAAUCGAGAAGAGAGAGUGGAACAGGGACAGGGGAAGCCCCGAACCCCAACUCCGACCUUGCGAUCCGGAAUCAAAGGAUGAUUUUUUCGGUAGCGAGCUGGAGAAGGACCUUCUAGACCUUGACGACGGCGAUGACGUGGAAGAAGAAGAAGAAGAGGAGCAAUCUGCUAAGCCUACGGCUAUGCCGGAUGGUUAUGACGAGGAGCAGUGGCAGAUUAAAAACUGCAUUGGCUUGGACCCUACUCUCGACCACGAGGAAGAGGAAGAUGAAUUUGACAAAGUGGCAGUUGGUAAGGGAAAUAUUGGAUAUCGCUUUUAUAUGACGGAUGUGAAUGACUAUCCCAUAGAUAUUGAUUCUCAAUACGAGGUUCCCAAUUCAGUGGAGGAUUUUACUCCAGACCCACGUGCCAAUCAUCUAGCAGCUCAGAUUAGACUCAGACAGGAUGCAGAAGCAGCUGCUCAAAUUAGGCUCCAAGAGGGUGCUGAAGCUGCUGGGAACAGUGCAUCUGGUGCUAUAGCUGAUGAGUCCAUCACGUCUGAAGAUGCUAUCAGCCUGAAAUCAAUUUUGAAGAGAAAGAAUGAUGAGCAGUCAGGCUCAUCUAAAUCACGAAAGCGUGUUCGGUUUGACCCUCAGUGUAAAGAUGAUUGUGAUGAAGAGCCUGAUGGAUCCAUAGAUUUACCUGUCAAAAGCCUUUCAGGUGAAGAUCAUGCGUCGGCAGUUCCAGAUUACAUCCGGAAUCCAUCAAGAUAUACACAUUACACAUUUGAUUCAUUACCUGACGUGGACGAGGAAGCUAACAGGCAAGCCUAUAUGGAUUUCCGUAAUCUUCUGGGGCAGUCAAAUACUAUGGAAGCAGAAGCAGAAGCAGAAGCACCAAGGGAUUUUUCAAAACCAGUCAUAUUCACACCAAAAAAGAAAUCAACUGAUGCGACAAUGCUAGAAAUUGAUGGGGAGUUGGAGAGACCAGUAGGUGCUAGCAAGGAAUUUCCGCUUUACAAAGUCAUGCCAAUUGCAAUUGCAGCCAGGGAACAAGAAGACAGUGAUGUGUGUGCAAUGGACGAAGAUGAACCGGAGACAGAAAGCAGUGUAAGAACAAGUGUACAGAGGAGUGGCCGCCAGUUUCGUACAAGGACCAGUUUAGAGUUGGAUGAGUAGUUGUCUCAUUACAGAUUAGCAUGAGGAAUUUCAACAGGAUACAUUUUCUAGUGUUGUAUUGAUGUGUUCGCCUUCAACUAAGUUCUUGAUUUCACAGGUUUAGAAUUUUAAUGAUUGAAUUCACAGCUGUUUGCCCGUUACUU